UGUGGAGGGUCACCGAGCCGGCAACGGAAGAGGGAAACACGAACGAAUUCUCUCCACAGUUACGUGUCCCAUUUCUCUGAGUCCAUCUCGGAAAGAAUGGCUUCCCUACUCGUACGAGCACCGGCAGCUCUGCGCUCCGGAAUCCAAAAAAUGUCUCUACGAGCUGCUUCGACAGACUUCAAGACGCUCAAAGUCCAUAAACCCGCACCUUUCGUGUACAAUGUGGAGCUGAAUCGUCCGGACAAGCGGAAUGCGAUGAAUGGUGCGAUGUGGGACGAAAUUCCGAGAUGCUUCACCGAAAUAAGUCAGGAUCCCGACUGCAGAGUUGUCGUUUUAUCCGGAGCCGGCGCUAUGUUUACAGCCGGCUUGGAUCUCGCUGAGCAAGCAGCUGUUCUAAUGAGUUUCAAUGACGAGAGUGAUCCUUCUCGGAAAUUCGUGAAACUCCGCGACAUUGUGGCUCGUUAUCAGUUCACAUUCACAGCAAUCGAGAAAUGUCCGAAGCCUGUGAUUGCGGCGGUUCACAGCGCGUGCAUUGGAGCUGGGACGAGCUUGAUCACAGCGUGCGAUAUCAGAUACUGUUCCGAGGACGCGUGGUUCUCAAUUAAAGAGGUCAAUGUCGGCAUUUGCGCAGACGUUGGUGUACUCCAACGAAUUCAUCGCGUCGUAGGAAACGGCUCUGUCAUCAAUGAAUGGGCACUGACCGGCAGGAAAUUCGAUUCGAAAGAAGCUCUACGAGAAGGGCUCGUGUCGCGAGUAUUGAAGGAUAGAGACGAGCUCAUGAAAGCGUCAUUGGACAUGGCGAAGCUGAUCGCGUCUCAGAGUCCAGUCGCUGUUCAGGGCACAAAGGUGAACUUGGCAUAUUCUCGCAGCCAUUCUGUGGACGAAUCGUUAGACUAUCAAGCCAUUUGGAAUGCUUGCAAUCUACAAACAGAAGAUCUCACGACAGCGGCGGCGGCUAUCAUCUCUAAGGAUCCCGAGCCCCCUGUAUUCUCCAAGCUUUGAGCUUGCUUUUUUCGCGUCUGAUCGUAUCGUUCAAGUUUGAGGUGACGCUAUCGCUCAUGUUUAUCGAGAGAUUUUGCCUGUCUUCACGAAAAAGCACAUCCGGAGGUUC